GAUAGGUAAAGAUCCUAAAAUAGUAAGAGGUUCUACUGCACUUUUAUCUUAGCUUGGGAAGAGGUCGUGGUGGUCUGGGAGGGGGCAUGGCUAGGAGACAGGUGGUUAUGAGGAUGUGGGCGGGGCGCUGGGCGGGCCGGCGGCCAGGCAGGCAAGGAAGGUGAUGCCAAGCGGUGCUUCCUCAGACCCUCUCACAAGCGCACAGACCACCGUGCAGUCACCGCCGCCGGACGUUCCCCGCCGUCCACUGCCGCAUACUCGCCACACACCCUCCUCCUCGCCUUCUCUGCCUCAUCCACUCCUGGACUUGCCGCUUUUGCACCUUGCCUACUCCCACACAGACUCUCAGAGGGGCGUGGUGAGUGGCGUGAGGCCAGCGGGGCGAUUCAACGAGGCUCACCGCACACACACUUCGGUCGCUCUUUGGAGAUCAUCACCAUGUCUGAGGACGGGUACCUGAGUUUCCUGAUGGGUCUUGCUCCCGCCAGGCCCCAAACUUACCUCCAUCACAAGCUGCACUCAGACAUCGCAGCAGCCUCCGCCACUAAUGACAACACCACUGAUUAUAACGCCUUGGAUGUGUACGAAAUCAGCGCCGUUCCCGCCUACACCCUGCAGGGACUGUGGUGGGUGCUGUGGCUGGUGUGCCUGGAGUACGUGGCGUUGUGGUGGCAGGGAGCGCCUCUCCCCUGCCUGCACGACAAUGUUAUGUCCAUGGUACACGGUGUACUCUACGAGAUCACCAAGGUGUUGGUGCGCGGGACGGAGUACGGGGCCUACACAUGGCUGUGGCAGAACUACGCCUUUCUGCCUCCCAUGGGUGACUCCUUCCUGGCGGUGGUGGCCCUCGUGACGCUGGUGGACCUCGGUUACUACUGGUUCCAUCGCGCCAGUCACGAGAUCAUGUUGCUGUGGGCCAUUCACCAAGUACACCACAGCAGCCAGGAUCUCACCGUGUCUGUGGGCAUGAGACACUCUCCCCUGCAACGCUCCUUCGCCUGGGUGUUCUACCUACCGCUGGCCCUGCUAGGGGUGCCGCCCUCCCUCAUGCUGGCCCACGCUCAGUUCAACCUCCUCUUCCAGUGCUGGCUGCAUACAGAGGCCGUACCGUCUCUGGGCCCUCUUGAAUAUGUAUUUAAUACGCCGAACCACCACCGCGUCCAUCAUGGAUCCAACAAAUACUGCCUGGACAAGAAUUACGGAGGUGUGUUCAUCUUCUGGGAUCACCUUUUCGGUACCUUCGAAGCCCCUGACAAGGAGCAGAAGAUUGUCUACGGCAUUUUAAUUCAGCCUGAGUUCUUCAACCCUAUCUCGCACCAGUUUCACUACUUCAAGUCUGUGGUGAAGAAGAUGAGGAGCAUGGACUCAUGGCGCAACUCCUUCGUGGCGUUGAUCAAGGGACCCAGCUGGCAGCCCGGCGCACCCUGGACUGGCUGGGACAAGGACAAGCUAGACGUCCGCUACCCUCGUGAGUACAUGAAGGCCACCGCCACGACCACCACUCACACCUACGUCAUCCUGCACUUCCUCGCCACCCUCAUGCUCACCUGCCGUCUCGCCGCCCAUGCCGGCGACCAUCAGGCGGCUGUUCUGCUGUACAGCGGCAGCGUGGUGGCGGCGCUGACUUCUGCAGGGAUGCUGUACAACCAAACUUGGUACACGCCGGCGCUGGAAGUUGCACGCUGCGUUGGCGGCCUGGUGCUGUGCCUGUUGGUGACACCCCCUCCAGCGGCAGCCUCACUCCUGCCCCUCCUCACUGCGCUGUACGCCCUCUCCAUUAUGCUGUGGACUUUCAAGCCUUCCCUUGUGCUGUGUGACAGACCUGCGUCCGCCACGCCACAGCCCGCAGACACACAGCAACAGAAGAGUCAUUUCGAGUAGUGUGUGUGUGUGUGUGGUGUGUGUGCGUGUGUGAGUGUUUGUGUGUGUGUAGUCAUUUGCAUUGUAGUAUACAACUAAUGUAUUUUUAUUACUGCUCAUUCCAUACUCUUACGUGUUGUUAUUGUUACUGUUAUUGAUGUUGUUAAUAACAGCGUUGUCAUUGUUAUUAUUAUUAUUAUUAUUAUUAUUAUUAUUAUUAUUGUUAUUAUUAUUAUUAUUAUUAUUAUUAUCAUUGAUGCUGCUGCUGUUGUUGUUGUUGUUUUUGUUAUUAUUAUUAUUAUUAUUAUUAUUAUUAUUAUUAUUAUCAUUAUUAUUACUAUUAUUAUUGUCUUUUUUAAAUUGUGUGUGUGUGUGUGUGUGUGUGUGUGUGUGUGUGUGAGUGAAUAGGGAAAUUACAUGCUUGUUUAUUUGUUUGCUCUCUCUCUCUCUCUCUCUCUCUCUCUCUCUCUCUCUCUCUCUCUCUCUCUCUCUCUCUCUCUCUCUCUCUCUCUCUCUCUCUCUACAAAAUCGUGCAUUGUAGUAUUCUGUUAGUUUUCCCUCAUUUACUUUCCUUUCUGGAGUCUAAGGUUCAGUUAUCUUGUAUGGUUUUCUAUCACGAAUAAUAACAAUAAUAGAGUGGGGGAAGCACACUGCCAUUGUGUAUUGUAUUAUGACAUUGUAUUGAAUUCCUUGCGCGUGGUUGCAAGAGGGAGGUUGGGGGGAGGGGGAAGUUCGGAGGGUAGGAACUGGGAACGUGCUCAUUCUCCUCUCUCUCUCUCUCUCUCUCUCUCUCUCUCUCUCUCUCUCUCUCUCUCUCUCUCUCUCUCUCUCUCUCUCUCUCUCUCUCUCUCUCUUUUUCUU